GACAGCGCGCCAAAUUCAAGAGCGUCUCUUCUGAAAAGUGCCAACAAGUUAAAACCAAAGCAGAAAUAUCAAUCAGUCAGUCAUAUUUUAAGCCUCAACCGCCAUGGCAGUGACAUGUGUAAUCGACUUUGAUAAUAAUCCGUACGGCACAUAUUUUGCGGGCCAAGUUCUUAGCGGACGCGUUACAUUGUCGUUGGAUAAGGUCAAAUAUGUAAAAGCCAUUUCGCUGACCAUAAGUGGUUAUGCUGAGACCCGUUGGUCGGAAUCAUCGACCACAAAUGGCAAGGAGAGCUCAGAAACCUAUCACGGACGUGAAGACUACCUGGCUUCAUUGACAUAUCUAAUGGGCUCCGAUGCAAAUCCUUCACAGAUUUCCAUUGAGCCAGGAAUUCGUACUUACAACUUCUCCUGCCCAAUACCCGCCAUAUGUCCGUCAUCAUUUGAGGGAUCGUUUGGAAGAGUGCGCUACGCCGUGAAGGUUGCCUUGGUGCGCCCCUGGAAGUUCGAUAAUACUUUCAGUCGCUAUUUCACGGUCUUGAAAGUGAUGGACCUGAACUAUGACAGUCCGCUGUUGCGUAUGCCGGCGCACACAGAAAUCCAAAAGACUUACUGCUGCUGGCCCUGUCGCUCUGAGCCGCUCGUUCUGCAACUAGCCUUGCCGCAAACUGGCUUCGUAGCUGGCCAAAAUAUUCCAGUUGGUGUGCUGGUGACUAACGACAGUGCCAUUAAAGUGGAGGAACUAAAGGUCAGACUGGCCAUGCUGGUCUGCUACUACUCCCAGGGACCAUAUAUCCGCACCAAGAACGAACGCAUCGUGGUCAGCAAGUUGAAGGGCGACGAAGUGCUGCGACAUUGCAAAAAGCAAUUCACUUACGAGCUCCACGUGCCGGCCACGCCGCCUACUUGUUUCAAUCUUUGUCGGAUCAUACAGAUCGCCUAUCAAGUGGAACUUGAAGCCAAAGUCAAGGGCUUGCACAUGAAUCAGACCCUAGCCAUUCCAGUGACGAUUGGCAGCGUGCCUUUGUCCGAACAGGUGAUUCACCAGCCACGUGGCAUGAUGCCCCAACCUCUGGACGUGAACACAUUGGAAGGUGGUGGGGCUCCAGCAAAUGAGAUCGGCUUUAGAGAGGUGUCCCAGCCAUGGGCUGUAGAUCCCAACAUACCUCCACCCAACUAUGAGGCUGCCUUGCAUAUGCGUGAUGCCCAGGCAGCUGCCUCGACCGAGCCCGAUAACAGAGAGCGUCCAAACACUUUGCCUUUGGAUGGCAAAGGCUUCACUCCGCUCUAUCCAGUCUUUAAUAUACCUAGCCCCACGGCACCUGUAGACUGGGAGCAGAACAACAUGCCAUUGGGUGGAGUUGCAAAUCCCAACUCCGAAGGAGACAAAGGAACUUGGCUGUGAAGACAACUAGUCUAUAAAACAAUGAUGGUGGUGCCACAAUCUAUAAAUGAUAUGAAUGAUUAAUUUAAAGUUUUUGUUUGGUAAUGAAAAGCAAAUAAUGAUAAUUAUGUCAACAUUUCUGAGGGUCGUACUACUUAUUAUAUACCAUAUUUAUAUUCGAGUUGGUAUGGGGAUGGCCUUUUCUUUGUAAACGCAGGGAAUAUAAAUACUUGUACUUAGAAUAUAAAUAAAACCAAUAAGCCUUUGAA